GCAGUGAUCUCAAUCGGCUCACAGAUAGCGAGGCUCCUUUCAGCGCCACGGCGCGGGCAGCUGAGGCUCUAUGUGUGGGAGGGACUUACGGAGAUCUCCCCUCGGUGCAGCCUGCCGCCACAGCAUCGAGCAGGCAGAGAAUCUAUUCAAAGCAUAUUCACUGAUAAGGCUCUUUUAUCUGUCCCCGCUAUGUGCCCUCGCUCGUUUUGAAGUAUCAAUGAAGAGGAGAAGGCGGAAGCGAUCAUGAAGUAGCGAGGGAUGCUGUGGAGUGAAAACAUCGUGAGAGGAAGGCUCAGAGUUAACCAGCGGGUGGUGAAACACGGAUGGCUUCUCCCGCUGAUGAGAGAGGCAAACUGCCCGAUUCUCCCAAAGUCCUUGACCAGGUCUCCAGCACGCUGCAUGUCCGAAGGUCGGGCGGAUCAACAGGAGGAACGCACCCAGGGGAGGGCGGCUGUAACCUGGCCCGCAGCUGCCAUGGCCGGUGGCAUUCAGCACCAAGGACGGCGCCGCGCAAGGGAGGCGCAGAGGUUAAACUCGGUCACCUCGGCGAGGAGAAAGUUCGGGUUUGUUGCGACGAGGAAUUAGAGACAUCCUUCACUUAUAUUGAUGAGAAUGUCAACUUGCGACUUGCCAGCCCGGAGACUAGUUGUAAAACUACUCACAGACCCGUACGCAACGGCGAGCCUUGCUCCGAGACUUUACCAGAGUUUUCCUUUAUGUCCGAAGACGAUCUGUCUUUCGGGGAGGGCCCCGGGACUUCUAUUGACUACGGCUUUAUCAGUGCUGUCACGUUCUUGGUGACCGGGAUCUCCUUGGUGAUAAUCUCCUACGCCGUGCCUCGGGAUGUGGUGGUGGACCGUGACAGCGUGUCGGCGAGGGAGAUGGAGAGGCUGGAGAUGGAGAGCGCCCGGAUAGGCGCCCACCUGGAUCGGUGCGUCAUAGCGGGACUGUGCCUGCUCACGCUGGGCGGCGUGGUGCUCUCCACGCUGCUGAUGAUCUCCAUGUGGAAGGGGGAGAUGUACAGGAGGAAGGUCAUUGCUUAUUCUAAGCGCUCAGCCAAACUGUAUGGCUCUAUCAGUCUGAAAACUAGAUCCAGUCCCAGCCACUCUUCAGCGCACCUGUCCGUGGAGGAGGACACACAGGACACUUUGGCUUAAAAUGCUGCUCUGUGUACAAACAUUUUGUGUAUAAAAGGAAUUAAUGCCAUUCACACCCUUACUAACAUAAAGUAGCCUAAAACUGUAUUCAUACAUUCAAAGUGUGAGUCUGAAGGACAUUUGUCUAAUGCUGUACACAUAGCUUGAAUGCUGUAUUGCAGGCCUAUAUCCACAUGGCAAACAGAAACGACAAGAAAAGCACUCAAAUGCAAAUUGAAGAAUUGCUUGAAAAACAUUAUGUGGUAUCAAAUAGUUCCCAAAUGAUUUAUAAUGGUACCAAACCAUAAACGUGACCCGAGAGAA